UGGUUCCGCCCCUGUGUCAGAACCCGAGCUAACCACCGCCAUGUAUCGCACCGCACUCAGAAACCUGCCGCGAUUUAACAGCCAGGUCUCGGCUCUGCCGCGCUGCACUGCCGCUAAAACCUACAGCCGGACGCCAGGAUUAUCACGCAGCUGCCUCAGGAUGGCGAGUUCGGAGUCUUACAGGAUUGAACGGGACACCUUCGGGGAGCUGAAAGUGCCGAGCGAUAAAUACUACGGAGCUCAAACCGUGCGCUCCACCAUGAACUUCAAAAUCGGCGGAGUGACCGAGAGGAUGCCGAUCCAAGUGAUUAAAGCGUUUGGCAUUCUGAAGAGAGCAGCAGCCGAGGUGAAUAAGGACUACGGCUUGGACACCAAGAUCGCCGAGGCUAUUGUGCAGGCUGCAGAUGAGGUGUCUGCUGGGAAACUGGACGAGCACUUCCCCUUGGUGGUGUGGCAGACGGGCUCAGGAACGCAGACCAACAUGAACGUCAACGAGGUGAUCAGCAACCGGGCCAUCGAGAUCCUCGGGGGCAAACUAGGCAGCAAAGACCCCGUGCAUCCCAACGACCACGUCAACAAGAGCCAGAGCUCUAAUGACACGUUCCCCACCGCCAUGCACAUUGCUGCGGCUAAAGAAGUGCACGAGGUGCUGCUGCCUGGCCUGCAGGAGCUCCACGACGCUCUCGCCGCCAAGGCCGAGGAGUUUAAGGACAUCAUCAAAAUCGGUCGCACACACACACAGGACGCCGUGCCUCUGUCACUCGGACAGGAGUUUGGAGGCUAUGUGCAGCAGGUGAAAUACAGUAUUGAACGAGUGAAGGCGUCGAUGCCCAGAGUAUAUGAGCUGGCAGCAGGAGGCACCGCGGUGGGUACAGGACUAAACACUCGCAUCGGCUUUGCCGAGAAAGUGGCUGACCGAGUCGCAGCACUCACAGGCCUGCCCUUUGUGACCGCACCAAAUAAGUUUGAGGCUCUGGCGGCCCACGAUGCCCUGGUGGAGCUGAGUGGGGCUUUGAACACCGUGUCCGUUAGCAUGAUGAAGAUCGCCAACGACAUCCGCUUCCUAGGCUCAGGGCCUCGCUCAGGCCUCGGGGAGCUCAUCCUGCCAGAGAACGAGCCUGGCUCCAGCAUCAUGCCCGGUAAAGUGAAUCCCACUCAGUGUGAGGCCAUGACCAUGGUGGCUGCUCAGGUGAUGGGGAACCACGUGGCUGUCACAGUCGGGGGCAGCAACGGACACUUCGAGCUCAACGUGUUCAAGCCGAUGAUCAUUAAGAAUGUGCUGAACUCCGCCCGGUUGCUAGGCGACGCCUCGGUUUCCUUCACGAGAAACUGUGUGGUUGGGAUUCAGGCCAACACAGAUCGAAUCAACAAACUGAUGAACGAGUCUCUGAUGCUCGUCACCGCGCUCAACCCUCACAUAGGUUACGACAAAGCUGCUACCAUCGCCAAGACCGCACACAAAGAGGGUUCAACAUUAAAAGCCGUUGCCAUCAAACUGGGCUACCUGACUGAGGAGCAGUUUGAACAGUGGGUCCGUCCCCGGGACAUGCUCGGCCCCAAGUAAAUUAUUCCCAUUCCAAAGUGUGGAAAUGCUUCAGUGAGGCCAGCCUUUGUACAAUAAAACGUUUCUUUUUGGAUAUGUGUUUAAUUUUUCUUUCAAUCCAGGAAUGUAUUUUGAGUUUCCCACUAUUUUUAGCAUUUAAUUGGGCUUUCAGUCUCCCAUCUGUGAGCAUACAGGCAGACCCCCAGGGCCUUUUGGAACAUUUCCAAGAGCAUCAUGGCAAAUCACGAAGGUGAAAAGUCUGUCCAACUCCCUUAAAACGACAGUCAUCUAUGAACUUUGCUAAACAUCAGCUAAAAAAAUCUAAAUGGAUGAAAUACAAAUGCGAAAUAUUAGAAAGCUAUUUGAUGUUCUGACGUAAUGCGGUUUAACACUGAACAAUUUUUUUGAACUUCUUCACUUUGCUACAUUUCAUGUAUUUCAUCAGAAAAACCCCACAAACAAGCAAUUAUUAGAGAAAGAGAAGUGUCCUCUCGGACCAUACGCCAAAUCCCUUUGACUUUGUAGUGAAGCACUCAUUUGUGGUGGUGUAGUACAGUCAGUAUUGUUUCUUAUUCUGUGUUAGAACACUAUGAACAUGGUAUUCUGCUGUCCUAACUGGAUUUACACUGUACGAGUUCCGGCUGUUCCAGACAGAAAUCGCACAAUUCUUGGUCCUGUAUUGAUAUUAUUUAAACCUUACAGUGCAUUAUGUACUGUGCUAGCCGGUGGCCGAUUUUAGCACCGUUGCGACCAGACUGACGACCGAUGACUAAGUUCUUGCUGUGUCCGAAAUUUUUUUCUUACAAUCUCAAAGUCUGAGCGCUGCUACCACGUUGUUCUUAAAGCCACCAAUAGGAGGACGGCAUCUGAUGAUCCUUAUUACUUCAAGCUUAUACUUGUACUUGAAUACCCUUAUACUUCAAGAAGAAUGUUUCUGUUCAUUGAGACUUUGUGCAUGAGCCUGGAUUGCACAGGUUGAUGACGUAAACAGAAUAUAGUAUGUACAUGUGUGUGUAUGCUGAUUUGGACAACUUACUGUAGAACCUGUUAUUAUGAAUUCGGACAGGAUUUUAUUAGGAUCAUCUCAUAUAUAACGUGACGAGUAAUAAUCUUGUAAGACCGCUGGAAUCGCACAGUGUAAAACCUGAGGAUCUGGUCAGAAGGGGUGAAGAAUAUUAGCAGGUAUAUGUGCUGUGGUGCUUACAUGCCAACUUUGCCAGAAGGGUUUUAUCUUGACUUGAUUAUCAUACAUGAAGCUAUGUUUCAACGUUAUGAUGGAAAUUAAAUGAUGUUAUGCACC